UAACUUAUGGCCUGCAUGGCAUGGUGACGCGCUUCUGCGCCCUCUUUGGGCAGACUUGUGGCAGAUAUAGUACCAUCGUUUGUGCCGUCUUCGAAGGCCUGCCUUUGUUCGUCCGUGAGCCUCUGGCUGCGAAAGGUUUUAAUCUCCCCGUCCCGCGAGACGCUGAAUUCACCCGGUUCGUACAGCUUUGUUCUUAGAGCUCGCUGGUAACUCAGAAUGCCGUCUUUGGUCGCAACAUCGUGGGAAAUGCCGUCGAUUGUGAAGAAUCUUAACAGAUCCGAAUGUCCGUCUUUGAACUUCUUCUUUACGAUGUCCUCGAGGAUGUCGGUCUUUGCUUCGCUCAGACGGGUAAUCCAGUCUUCAGUCGGUAGGCCCUCUUCUUUUCCAUUCGCAUUGUGAUGGGCAUCAUUACUGGUUGUAGUCUCCGUUUCGUCAUGGUAUGCCUCGAGGCUUGGAGCUUGUCCGCCCUCAAAGAUCUCUUCUCCUUCGGAUUGCGGCCGC